CAUACACAUCACAUCAUAGAAAAACUAUGAGUUCCCAAGGUGUCGCUGAAGAUUGCGUAGGAUGGGCUGCAAGAGAUGAAUCCGGAGUUCUAUCACCUCACAAAUUCAGCCGCAGGGCUCUUGGAAAUGAAGAUCUUCAUAUUAAAAUUACACACUGUGGUGUUUGUUAUGCUGAUGUAGUUUGGACAAGGAAUUUACAUCGCGACUCAAUGUACCCCGUUGUGCCUGGUCAUGAGAUUGCUGGGAUUGUCACAAAGGUUGGCUCCAAUGUCCACAGUUUCAAUGUUGGUGACCAUGUUGGAGUGGGGACUUAUGUUAGCUCAUGUAGGGAUUGUGAGUAUUGUAAUGACAGGCUAGAAGUUCAUUGUACCAAAGGAUCAGUUUACACUUUUAACGGUGUUGAUUUUGAUGGUACAAUUACAAAAGGAGGAUACUCGAGUUACAUAGUAGUCCAUGAGAGGUAUUGCUUCAUGAUCCCAAAAAGCUAUCCAUUGGCUUCAGCAGCUCCUUUGCUUUGUGCCGGAAUUACUGUUUAUUCACCGAUGGUGCGCCACAAGAUGAAUCAACCUGGUAAAUCUCUAGGAGUGAUUGGUCUUGGUGGCCUCGGUCAUAUGGCAGUGAAAUUUGGAAAGGCAUUUGGUUUGAGUGUAACAGUUUUCAGCACUAGCAUAUCCAAGGAAGAGGAGGCACUGAGCCUGCUUGGUGCAGACAAAUUUGUUGUUUCAUCUAACCAAGAAGAAAUGACGGCGUUGGCUAAAUCAUUGGACUUUAUAAUUGACACAGCAUCUGGUGAUCACCCGUUUGAUCCUUAUUUGUCACUUUUGAAGACAUAUGGUGUUUUUGUCCUAGUUGGUGUCCCUAGUGAAGUCAAAUUCAGCCCUGUAAGUCUUGUUAUAGGAUCGAAGACUGUUGCGGGAAGCAUUACAGGUGGUACAAAAGAUAUACAAGAGAUGAUUGACUUCUGUGCUGCCAAUGGAAUUUACCCAAAUAUAGAGCUCAUUCCAAUAGAGUACGCCAAUGAAGCUCUCGAGAGGCUCAUAAAUAAGGAUGUCAAAUAUCGGUUUGUAAUAGACAUUGAGAACUCCCUAAAAUAAUACUAGAGAAAAAUGGACAUGAUUGGACUACACCUUGUUCGAUAAAUAAUGAUGCUCUCCUUGGUAUGCGAGUAUCAGUUAGUUCCACACAUUUAAGCCUAUAUGUUGCUGAUAGUUAAGUAGUUUUGGUUUUUGUCAACAGUUAUCUCAUACUAGUAUCUCUAAGUGUUGUAUAAAUACCAACCUUUUGUAUCAGAAUCAUUUUAAUCAAUGUCUCAAUUCUCUGUUCUCUGACGUCAGUAUAUAUGCCUCUAUUUCACAGUUUCUUACACUUCUUUCUCUUGCCUUUGUUAAUAAUAUUUUUGUUUCAAUUCUGUUGCUUCACAUUAUGUGAUUCAAUCUCCUUCUGCACUGGGCAUAAUCGUUUACGCAAUGCACAUACACAUUCCAGUGAUGUCAUUAUACAGUGUUGGCUGUGUAACAUUUUAUAUCCUAAUAAAUUAUUAUUGGAU